UGGAGGAACGGUGGUGCCGGGGAGGCUCUCCAGUGUCUGGCUGGUGCACAGGCUGCUGGGCGGACCUCACAUAGGUAGUCGGGGCUGUCUCCUUGUCUGAGCGAGCGGUCGGAGUGAAGACAGCGCUCGGGUCCUCUUCGCUGGACUGUGAGGGAGACGCUCCGGGACACAGCAGGGAGCAUCGAACCCCAGAGCAACCGGUGCUAUGCGGCUGCUUUCGACCCUCAAGGCCGCGACCCGCUGCUGCUCGGAUCAGCUCGUCGCCAGUUUUUUCACCCAAGCGGCCCGGAGAAGGCUGCAGCCUGGCGGGGAGGAGUUACGGCGCCUGCGGCUGGACGACUUGGCGUCCGCCCCGCGGCUAGAGCUGCUGUUUGGCCUGUCCCCGUGUCUCUUGGCUCUGCGAGCCGCCCGCCGCCGCGUGGCCCGGCUCCUGCUCCAGGUCGGCAGGGCCGGCCUACACGGGGAGCGGGCCGAGCUGCUCCGGGCGGCCGAGGCGCGGGGCAUCCCAGUUCUGCGGCCCAGACGGCAGAAGCUAGACGCCCUGUGCCAUUACCAGGUGCACCAGGGCGUCUGCAUGGAGGUGACCCCUCUGCGGCCCCGACCCUACACCGAGGCCGGGGAGGCGGGCCCCAGCGGUGACCCCCAGCAGUUAUGGCUCGCCCUCGAGGGGCUCCAGGAUCCCCGGAAUCUUGGUGCUGUGCUACGUACUGCUCACUUCCUCGGAGUGGACAAAAUCAUCACCAGUCGCAGAAACAGCUGCCCGCUCACUCCAGUAGUCAGCAAGGCCAGCGCAGGGGCUGUGGAGGUGAUGGACGUGUUCUCCACUGAUGACCUGACCGGUUUUUUACAGGCCAAAGCCCAGCAGGGCUGGCUCGUAGCUGGCACCGUGAGCAGUCCUGUGCCUGAGAUUUCCCAGUCCUCGGAGAUCCCUAUCACUAGUUGCAGAGAGUUCCUCUGGGACCGGCCUACCCUUCUCGUGCUGGGGAGUGAGGGCUCUGGUCUGUCCCAGGAGGUGCAGGCCUCCUGCCAGCUUCUCCUCACCAUCCUGCCUGGGCGCCAGCUCCCUCCUGGACUGGAGUCUUUGAAUGUGUCUGUGGCUACAGGAAUUCUUCUUCACUCCAUUUGCAGCCAGAGGAAGGGUUUCCCUGCAGAAGAGGAGAGCACAACUUCUCUAGGACCCUCCAGCUGAAGGACCCAGAGUGGCUCAGCAUCCAGGACUGUCUUUGGGAUCAGAAAACGAGAGGUGCAGAGGGGGCUGAGAGGCCCUCGAGGUGUGGGCGUGGCGGAGCUGCGAUGGCUAUAGUUCUAGGUGCAUGCUGGAGUUGACCUGUGUGUGCACCUAAGCCCACCACACUGACUACAGUGAACUAGGGACUGGAGGGAACUUCGAAGUGGAGACCAGCACAAGUUCAGUUUCCUGUUGGUACUUUAGCUGUUGGACUUGCAACUGGAGAUGGUGGUUUGCUAAUUUCCAGGCUGGUCAGGAAUGAAUGGGGUCUGUCUUCCCUGGCCCUGCCUGGAAGGCAAAGGGAGUGUGUGUCCCAUGAGUGUGACAAUGUAGAAGGAGGCCCUCUGUGGCCCCUGAGCGCAUGUGUUUGUCACCAGGUGCCUGGAAGCCCUGGGCUGUGCCUACCACUGGGGUUGUGAGGAUGAAAUAAAACUACUUGUAGUCCUGUA